AUGGUGAAGCUAACCAAAGUUGAAGACAAUCCUAGGAGCAACGUCAAGGUCGCUACGACCUAUGCGCGGCCCCAGAACUGCAUCCGGGACGGAAAGCUGGUCGACUCUGCAUCUUCUGCUGAACCUUAUAUCGCAAUCAGUUAUGCGUGGGACAUCCGUCCUUCUUUCAAAGAAUGGGAAGGCAGGCGGGUCACAGAGCAAGCAUUACACAUCGCCGACCGACUCUCGAAACACACCUCAUAUGCUCUGUGGAUCGAUGCAAUCUGCAUUGACCAGGACAAUGAACCAGUAAAGAUGGUUGAGCUUGCGAAGAUGGCGGAUAUAUACCGCGGGGCCACAGCAGUGUUAUGCCUUGUACCGGAGAUAGACCAAACGACAAGAAGAGUCGUGGAGCAUGGAACCGGAAUGAUAGAUUUAGAUGGGUUCCGUGCACUUGAACAAGCUGGAGACACGCAUGGGAUGUACAUGUUCGCUUCCCAAGGCUCAAACAAGGCGUUGUACAAGCUAUUCAGCAGCAGGUGGUGGACGCGUGUCUGGACGUUUCAAGAGGCCGUUCUUAACCACAUAACGUUUUUGGUGGGAGAGAAAGAGGAAACUCUUCCCAUUUCCGACGUCCUCAAAAUCUCUCACCCGAUCAGUCGACGGGCAGCGACACAGAAGAAAGACAACUUGCUGGGGCAAUCAUCUAGUUUUUGGGACUCGGUUCAUUCCAUGUCGGACGCGAUGAAGGCAUACAUGCCGCUCGGGACAGCUAUAUCGAGCGUAUGGAGGCGUCAAUCUACCGUCACUCACGACAUGGCGUACUCUCUGCUUGGCGUGUGUCGUCUAGAGACAAUCACGCCUGACUAUCGGCUUUCAGUGGAGAAAGUGUUCGCUGACCUUGUGGACAAAGCCAGCUCGAAAGGGGACUUUUCCUGGCUUAGAUGGAGCCACGUAGUCGACAGAGACGCCGCAUGUGAAGGAAUGUCCAUGGUGCCCGUACCUGCAACUGUGUUAGCAACCCCUGCCAGUGCUAUCACGGAGUGGCGUUCCGUAGAAGUUCCUCAGAUGUCAGUUGUCCGUGGAGGAGCCGCUGGUGUUUGCAUUCCGCAUCGGUCGACUGGCGUUAUAAGAUGGCAAUCAGAACCGGAAGACAUCAAGGGAGUUAUCAACAUGCUCCAAAAGCUGUCUUACGGCCCCGAAGACAUAUGGAACUUAUUAUUUGGCCUACACGUCGGAUUUGCGUGCGACGUCGAUAAAGCCGUGGGAGGAUCUGGGUUAGCUCAGGCGUUGCUCAACCUGGCGACUGGAUACAUCGACGGCACGAUCAGAUUGGAGGACUCAGAGGAUGAUUUGGUUGGAAACAAGCCAUAUACGAGAGGAUACGGGUUCACGGCUUAUGCAUCCAUGGCAGCAAAGGUUUGGAAAAAUACACAGUUGGUUGUGAUGCGCUCCCAGGGUGGAACAACAGUGGUACCCACCCACAGCGGAACAGGACAGGCGCGACUGCAUAGAUUGCCAGUUGCAAGUCAUAGAGGGACGUGCCUGUGCCUUGUUGUGCAUGAUGACACGAAAUUUCGGGCUAGCGCAAUCGGAGUCAUGGUAGAGGAUGAUCACGCAGGGAGUGGAUCGUGGCAAUUUACCCGGUUUUCUUGA